CAAGCGGCUUGAAAGUAGUAUUAUACGAAAAAAUAAGUCAUCCAGACUAUAAAUGUGUUUAUGUACAUAUAUCGUCUUGUUCUAAAUAUUUAACAUCAUUACCACUUAACUGAUCUGUAAAAGGCGCUCAUUUUAUUUACUCGGUAGACGCUAAAUAGACUGCAAUUAUCUAUCUUGGCGUCACGUUGGGAAUGCCAUCCUUUGCUAAAACUCGCCGCGUAUCUUGCUACUAUAUCGGUUUCUCGAACUGCUUGAUUAGAAAAUGUGUUACAGGAGGUUCUUUAAGGAUGAUUACAGAAUGGAAAAUUUAAAAUAAAGCUUUUCGGAUAUGGCGACAGAUGGACAAAAUUUCGUGAUCAUAGUAUUACUGCUACUGAAUCAACCACAUGCUUUUUCACAAGAUUCUGCUGAUGACGCUCAGAAGGUACUUCCUACCGAGGAUGGAUACUAUCUAGAUUCCUUAAAUGGAGCAGCCUUCACAGACGGCCCAGAAACGUUGGUAUGUCCUUCGAGUAAUGUCAUAACGACAAAGUAUAAGUGCAAUUUGAAAGGAAAGUGGGUGGAUUGUACAAGAAGGCAUUGCUGCAAGGACUAUACUUUCAUAGCAGAAAGGUGCAUACAUAAGGAUCAAGACCCUUGUUCGAUGAACCUAUGUGAGCAAAGAUGUACGGUAUAUUUGCAACGCAUAAUUUGUACCUGUUUUGAUGGAUACAAAUUCAUUCCAGAAAAUCAAAGAAGAAAUAUAAAACCUGUUUGUGUCGACAUUGACGAGUGUGCCGAAAGAAAUGGAGAUUGUGAGCAGCAAUGUGUCAAUUUCCGCGGCGGUUACAAAUGUGCAUGUUGGCCGAGAUAUCGACUUCGAGAAGAUGGAAGAACCUGCGAGCUUGAAGGAGAGUCUGCUGCUCCCGAAGUACCUGAAGAGGCUAUGGCAGGCAGAGUAGGCAAAUGUUACGCGGAUUGUGGAAGCGUUACUCGAGUAGCUGCUAAGCUGAAGAAACUGCAAGAAAAGGUUUCCGCACUGAGCACCGCCAUAAAACUGUCCAGUUUCGCGUCAGGACCUCCAGGUACAUUAGGACAGCCAGGCCCACCAGGUCCACCAGGACCGCCCGGAACCCCAGGAAUGCCGUGUUCGGACAACUCGAUAACGACUAAUAGUGGGAGCGUUGAUUAUACUUAUUCAGUACUGGAUGCCUUCGUGCCCCUAGGAGAUAAUGAAAAUGUGCAAUGUAAAUGCAAGAGAGGUUCUCAGGGCCCAAUAGGUGUUCCUGGAUCACAAGGACCUAAAGGAGAAAUUGGAGAUAGAGGACCAAAAGGUCAAAAAGGAGAACGAGGUUCCAAUGACUUUUUACUUUUAUUAUUGGCUGAUCUAAGACAUGAUAUUGUCCAUCUCCAGAACAAAGUAUUUUUAAACGGUGAGAGGCCUCCCAAAUUUGACAUUGAAGCUGCCUUACGUAGGAAACGGCUGAAGGAAAGAAAUCGAAUACUUCACCAUAAAAAACUUUUGGAGGGUUUCGUCAACUCAACUGUAGAAACCAAAGCGAUGGAAAGGGCUACAACUACAGAGAAAACAACUACCACUGCAAAAGCAACUAUUACGAAAAUAGAGAGGUUGGACGAUGGACCUGAAGCAGGAAAUAAGAUAGAAUAUGAAGAUUACGAUAGCUUUUCUGGAGAUAUGACGUAUGAAGAAUAUGUAUGAUAAUACGUUUUUAUAUUUUUGUAAAUUGUCAGAAAAUAAAGGUAUAAUGGUAG